GAAACCUGUUCUCGUGGGUGUCCACUGAAGUGACUAUGGGACUCCAUGUGACCCUGCAAGGAUUAGCUGGGCUGCUGCUGCUGCUGUAUGCCCUGCCCUGGGCUGAAGGUGGAAAGGUGCUGGUGUUUCCCAUGGAGGGCAGCCACUGGCUGAGCAUGAGGGAUGUCGUGAGGGAGCUCCACGCCCGAGGUCACCAGGCUGUGGUCCUGGCUCCAGAGGUGACUGUGCACAUCAAAGAAGAGGACUUCUUCACCCUCCAAACCUACCCUGUUCCAUACACAAGACAAGGAUUUAGACAACAAAUGAUGCGAAACAUUAAAGUGGUCUUUGAAACAGGCAACUAUGUGAAGACAUUCCUUGAAACAUCCGAGAUUUUGAAAAACAUAUCGACAGUUCUCUUAAGGUCUUGUAUGAAUCUAUUGCACAAUGGGUCCCUGCUCCAGCAUCUGAAUUCCAGCUCCUUUGACAUGGUCUUAACAGAUCCUGUGAUUCCGUGUGGGGCAGUGCUGGCCAAGUACUUGGGUAUCCCCACUGUGUUCUUUCUACGAUACAUUCCCUGUGGCAUAGACUCUGAGGCCACACAAUGUCCGAAACCUUCCUCUUAUAUUCCGAACCUACUCACAAUGCUUUCUGACCACAUGACUUUCCUGCAAAGGGUCAAGAACAUGCUGUACCCUCUGGCCUUGAAGUACAUUUGCCAUUUCUCAUUCACUCGCUAUGAAAGCCUGGCCUCUGAGCUUUUGCAGAGAGAAGUGUCUUUAGUGGAGGUUCUCAGCCAUGCAUCUGUGUGGCUGUUCCGAGGGGACUUUGUGUUCGACUACCCGAGGCCUGUCAUGCCUAACAUGGUCUUCAUUGGAGGCAUAAACUGUGUCAUCAAGAAGCCUCUUUCUCAGGAAUUUGAAGCCUAUGUCAACGCCUCCGGAGAACAUGGCAUCGUGGUUUUCUCUUUGGGAUCCAUGGUCUCAGAGAUUCCAGAGAAGAAAGCGAUGGAAAUUGCUGAGGCUUUGGGCAGAAUUCCUCAGACGGUCCUGUGGCGCUACACCGGAACUAGACCAUCGAACCUUGCAAAGAACACUAUUCUUGUCAAAUGGCUACCCCAAAACGAUCUGCUUGGUCAUCCAAAGGCUCGGGCGUUCAUCACACACUCCGGUUCCCAUGGUAUUUAUGAAGGAAUAUGCAAUGGGGUUCCAAUGGUGAUGAUGCCCUUGUUUGGUGAUCAGAUGGACAACGCCAAGCGCAUGGAAACUCGGGGAGCUGGGGUGACCCUGAAUGUCCUGGAAAUGACUGCCGAUGAUUUGGAAAACGCCCUUAAAACUGUCAUCAAUAACAAGAGUUACAAGGAGAACAUCAUGCGCCUCUCCAGCCUUCACAAGGACCGUCCUAUCGAGCCUCUGGACCUGGCUGUGUUCUGGGUGGAGUACGUGAUGAGGCACAAGGGGGCGCCACACCUGCGCCCCGCCGCCCACGACCUCACCUGGUACCAGUACCACUCCUUGGACGUGAUUGGCUUUCUCCUGGCCAUCGUGUUGACGGUGGUCUUCAUUGUCUAUAAAAGUUGUGCCUAUGGCUGCCGGAAAUGCUUUGGGGGAAAGGGUCGAGUGAAGAAAUCACACAAAUCCAAGACCCACUGAGAAGUGGCAGGAAGUGAAGGAGAAGUAUUAGUCCCUUAUCCAAUCAGUUGAAACUUGGAAACAAGUGUUAAAUCCAUGUUGCUUUUAUUAGGGAAAUAAUUCACCAUACACUAUACACCCAGAACAAUUUUUUUUCUUUUUCUUUUUUUCGGAGCUGGGGACCGAACCCAGAACAUUUUUUUUUUUAAAUAAAAACAAUCUAAUUGCUGGCCACACCCAUCAGGGAAGAUACUGGAAUAUGUGAUCUGUUUCUCCAGUAUCUUCAGUCUGGACAAUGACUGCCAUCUGUUGGUAACUUACAGAAAGUUUAGUGUUCUGCCUUCAGUGACAGCACCACAGUUUCCCUUACUCCUGUCAGCUAAUGGCUUCCUCCCCUGGAUUCUCAGACCAGUGUGGCCUUCCCAGUGUUAGUCAUUCCUCACUGUGCUCAUGUUUUGUGGGUGGCACGGCCUUUGAGCUUUGGGAGAAAAGAAGAUGAGGCUGUGACACUGGUGGCCCUGUGUUUGAGAUAAUAAUUAUUGCUUGUCUCUGAAUUUGAUGAAAACUGAAGUACAUUCUAAAGAAAGUAUGUCUUCUAUUGUGUUCCCAAACCAAGAACUUGUCAAUAAAUUCAUAUAAAUUGUAUUAUUACUUUU